UUGAUUUUUAUGGAUUGUAGUGGUUUCAGAUUUUCGUGUCAAGUUGUGAGUUGUGAAACCUUGUCUUCUUCUAGCAAGUUCUUCUAAGUUAUUCCCUCUUUGAUAGAGAUGUUUGAUCGGUCAUGGCUCGUGAUUUUCUUUCUAUUCAGCCCGUAACUUCUUCUUUUUUUUUCCUUUUGUUUCUUUCUUAUAAUUUCAUCAUUGUUGAUAUACCUAUAUUUUUAUAUAUAAAACUCGUUUAUGUGUUUCUAUGGUUUUGUGCAACUUGCACGAUUUAAAGAGCUACUUGUUUCAUUAGUGAAACAUGUUUUUUUGUUUUGAUUAAAGGAAUCUUGCUCGAUAUUUUUUUGGUGUCUCUUUCAGGGUGUGGUGGUAGCAGAAGUAGUAGUAGUAGUAGUAGUAGUGGCAGAAGUACUGGAUAGGUUUUAAGAGGGUGACAACUUGGGCUUGUUGUACUAGCAGCAAGAGAGAGAGAUGAUGAUGAAGAUGGAAGAGAAGAAAGAGGGUGAGUUUCUAACAGUGCCACCCUUUGAGUGUGCUUGGCCAAAGGACUUGAAAUUCAGGGAAGCUGGCCGUGGUUGUGUGGCUUUUGAAGCUUUUGCUCGCAAUGAUGUCACACUGGUGUUCCGGGAGAAUGUGGGAAGUCAACAUUAUCAUUACAAAAGAGAUAACAGUCCUCAUUAUACUGUUAUAUUGGGUAGUCAUAGGAAUAGGCGGUUGAAGAUUGAGGUGGAUGGGAAAUCUGUUGUUGAUGUGGAGGGAGUUGGGUUAUGUUCUUCUGCUUUUCAGAGCUAUUGGAUUAGUAUUUAUGAUGGGUUGAUUAGUAUUGGUAAAGGUAGAUACCCUUUUCAGAAUAUUGUGUUUCAAUGGUUAGACACUAACCCCAAUUGUAGUGUUCGUUAUGUGGGGCUGAGUAGCUGGGAUAAACAUGUUGGUUAUAGGAAUGUCAUUGUAUUGCCAUUAAUGCAAAACCAUUUAUCUUUGUGGAAACAUGUGGAUGUGGGUUAUGGUGGUGGUGGUGGUGGUGACUAUAUACAUGAGGAGUGUGGCCAGGAAGAGUUGGAAGAUGAGCUCUCAGCUUAUGAUAAAUGGGGCCUUCAAAACUUUUUGGAGAGUUGGGACCUGUCUGAUGUCUCAUUCAUUGUUGGUAUGGAGGAAAGGCCUGUUCCUGCUCACAAGGUUAUCUUGGCAUCUUCUGGUAAUUUUCCUUUAACUUCACCUGAUGGUGUGAUAGACCUUAAGGGGGUAACCUAUUCUGUUCUGCACUCUCUCCUUGAAUACAUCUACAAAGGCCGGACCCAGAUUCUAGAGUCCCAACUUGCUUCGCUGAUGAUUCUAAGCCUGCAAUUUGAAGUAAUGACAUUGGUAAAGCAAUGUGAGGAGAUCAUGGAACAGUUUAAAAUAAAUGAAAAGUCAUUUGAUUCGGGCAAGAGAGUGGAAUUAUCAUAUCCAAGCACUUCACCACAUUGCUACAGAGCCUUCCCUUUUGGACUUCCUGUGGAUAGGCAGAGGCUUAAACAGCUGCAUUCAACUGGAGAGUACAGUGAUGUAAACAUAUAUAUUGAAGGAGGCGGCCUUGUUUCCCAGCCACAUAAAAUUAUUCUCAGUUUAUGGAGUGUUCCAUUUGCAAAGAUGUUCACAAAUGGAAUGAGUGAAACCAAUUCCUCAAAGGUUCUUUUAAGAGAUGUAUCCCCCGAAGCGUUCAAGGGUAUGCUCGAUUUCAUGUAUAAUGGGGAACUCAAUUUGGAAAUCACCAUGGAAUCUGGUGCCUUGUUACUGCAAAUGUUAUUAUUAUCUGAUCAAUUUGGAGUCACUCUCCUCCAUCAAGAAUGCUGCAAAACAUUUUUAGAAUGCCUUUCGGAGGACACAGUAAGUCCAAUACUCCAGGCGGUUUCAUCAAUUUCCUCAUGUAAACUUAUCGAAGAAACAUGCGAGAGGAACUUUUCCAUGCACUUUGACUAUUGUACAACCGCAAGCACUGACUUCAUCUUCUUAGAAGAGGCGAAUUUUAGCAAUAUUAUACGGCAUCCAGAUUUGACUGUAACAUCUGAAGAAAAAGUUCUUGAUGCAAUCUUAAUGUGGGGUAUGAAAGCGAAGAGCGUAUAUGGGUGGGAGGUGGUAGAUGAACUGAUGGCGUAUUCGACGCCUGAACUUCUCUUCAUGGAGAGACUGCAGUCAGUUUUCGACUUCUUAUCUUUUGUGCGGUUUCCAAUCAUGCCUCUUGUCUUGCUUAAGAAUUUGGAGAAGAGCAACAUCAGCAGGCGCAUUCCUACUUUCGAUUUCCUUGUGAAGGAGGCCAUCAGCUAUGUUGAACAUGGAUUCUCCGGGCCUGAAUUUGAGCAAAAUGUUAGAUUUCAACUUAGGAGAUCUAGUUAUAAGGAGCUUCAGUACUUAUGUGAUGGUGAUAGUAAUGGAGUUCUUUACUUCGCGGGGACAUCAUACGGGCAACAUCAGUGGUUUAAUCCUGUUCUUGCAAAAAGAAUCACAAUUACGGCUAGCAGUCCUGCUUCAAGAUUCACUGACUCCAAAGUUUUGGCCUCUAGAACUUACCAGGGAACAUCUUUUGCUGGACCAAGGCUAGAAGAUGGCCACAGUAGCGCAUGGUGGAUGGUUGACAUCGGCCACAACCAUCAGCUUAUGUGCAACUACUACACCUUAAGGCAAGACGGAUCCAGGGCUUACAUUAGAUAUUGGAAUCUACAGGGGUCUCUGGAUGGAAAAACAUGGACCAAUUUGAGAGUACAUGAAAAUGAUCAAACAGUAUGCAAGCCAGGGCAGUUUGCAUCGUGGCCCAUAGUAGGACCAAAUGCUCUGCGCCCAUUUAGGUUCUUUAGGGUUGUUCUAACUGGUCCUACUACGGAUGUAUCCAACCCCUUUAAUAUUUGCAUUUGCUUUUUGGAGCUCUAUGGCUUUUUUCAUUAGUAACUUCUUAACGCAUGUUUUCCUUGUAUUAUCGUCUACCGUACAUGUUGAUUUGGACUAGUUUUUUUUUUUUUUUUUUUUCCUAUGUUAAUGAAAUUAACAGGCAACUCUUCUUCCUAUCGUGAAAUGAAAAACCCAAGGCAGUUUGUAAUAAUUUCUCUUACCACAAUAGUGAAUGUGAGGCACCAAGUACGUAGAGGCUCAAAAGUUUCGCCUAUCAAAUGGAAAGCACCUGUUAAGGUUUUAGAGUU